AUGGCCAUUGUUAAAAGAGGUGGUCGUAACAAGGCUAAACAACAACAAGCUCCAGCCAGAGCAAAUGGUGGCAGUGGAGGUAUUAAAAAAGCCGAAUUUGAUAUUACGAAAAAGAAAGAAGUUGGGGUUUCUGAUUUAACCCUUUUAUCCAAAAUUACUGAUGAAGCAAUUAAUGAGAAUUUACAAAAAAGAUUCAUGAAUGAUACUAUUUAUACAUAUAUUGGACAUGUGUUGAUUUCAGUUAAUCCUUUUAGAGAUUUAGGAAUUUACACUAUGGACAAUUUAAAUAAAUAUAAAGGAAGAAAUAGAUUGGAAGUUCCCCCUCAUGUUUUUGCAAUUGCUGAAUCAAUGUAUUAUAAUUUGAAAUCUUAUGGUGAAAAUCAAUGUGUUAUUAUUUCCGGAGAAUCAGGUGCUGGUAAAACUGAAGCAGCUAAACAAAUUAUGCAAUAUAUUGCUAAUGUUUCAGUUGAUGCACAAAAUGCAGAAAUUUCCAAAAUUAAAGAUAUGGUUUUAGCAACAAAUCCAUUAUUGGAAUCCUUUGGAUGUGCUAAAACUUUAAGAAAUAAUAAUUCUAGUAGACACGGUAAGUAUCUUGAAAUUAUGUUUAAUGAAACUUAUCAGCCAGUUGCUGCUCAUAUUACAAAUUAUUUAUUGGAAAAGCAAAGAGUUGUUUCACAAAUUACAAAUGAACGUAAUUUCCAUAUUUUCUAUCAAUUUACCAAAAAUUGUCCACCACAAUAUCGAGAAAGUUUUGGUAUUCAAGGUCCAGAAACUUAUAUUUAUACUUCAGCAGCAAAAUGUAUUAACGUUGAUGGGGUUGAUGAUACUAAAGAUUUCCAAGAUACUUUAAAUGCCAUGCAAAUCAUUGGAUUAAGUCAAGAUGAACAAGAUCAAAUUUUUAGAAUGUUGGCAUCUAUCUUAUGGGUAGGUAACAUUUCAUUUGUUGAAGAUGAAAAUGGUAAUGCUGCCAUUAGAGAUGAAAGUGUCACCAAUUUUGUGGCAUAUUUAUUGGGUGUGAAUACUGAAAUUUUGAAAAAAGCCAUUAUUGAAAGAACCAUUGAAACAAGUCAUGGUAUGAGAAGAGGUUCUACUUAUCAUUCGCCUUUGAAUAUUGUUCAGGCUACUGCUGUACGUGAUGCAUUAGCUAAAGGGAUUUAUAAUAAUCUUUUUGAAUGGAUCGUUGAAAGAGUCAACAAGUCAUUACAAGGUCAUCAACAACAAUCUGCCAGAUCUAUUGGUAUUCUUGAUAUUUAUGGGUUUGAAAUUUUUGAACAUAAUUCGUUUGAACAAAUUUGUAUUAAUUAUGUUAAUGAAAAAUUACAACAAAUUUUCAUUCAAUUGACAUUGAAAGCAGAACAAGAUGAAUAUGUUCAAGAGCAAAUUAAAUGGACUCCAAUUGACUAUUUCAAUAAUAAAGUCGUGUGUGAUUUGAUUGAAGCCACUAGACCACAACCAGGGUUAUUUGCUGCCUUGAAUGAUUCUAUUAAAACAGCACAUGCUGAUUCUGAUGCUGCUGAUCAAGUUUUUGCCCAAAGAUUAAGUAUGGUUGGUGCAAGUAACAAACAUUUCGAGGAUCGUAGAGGUAAAUUUAUCAUUAAACAUUAUGCUGGUGAUGUUACUUAUGAUGUUGCUGGUAUGACUGAUAAGAACAAAGAUGCCAUGUUGCGUGAUUUAUUGGAAUUAUUAGGAACUUCAAACCAAUCAUUCAUUACUCAAGUUUUAUUCCCACCAGAAUUAUUAUCUACUUUAACUGAUUCCAAAAAGAGACCUGAAACAGCAUCUGAUAAGAUUAAAAGAAGUGCUAAUCUUUUGGUUGACACUUUAUCCCAAUGUGCUCCAUCGUAUAUCAGAACCAUCAAACCUAAUCAAACCAAAAAACCCCGUGAUUAUGACAACCAACAAGUUUUGCAUCAAAUUAAAUAUUUGGGUUUGAAAGAGAAUGUUCGUAUUAGACGUGCGGGUUUUGCUUAUCGUUCAACAUUUGAAAGAUUUGUUCAAAGAUUUUAUUUGUUGUCUCCAGUCACAGGUUAUGCUGGUGAUUAUAUCUGGCAAGGAGAUGAUAUUUCUGCCGUUAAAGAAAUCUUGAAGGCAUGUUUUAUCCCAGCAAGUGAAUACCAAUUGGGUACCACUAAAGUUUUCAUUAAAACUCCGGAAACUUUGUUUGCAUUGGAAGAUAUGAGAGAUAAAUAUUGGCAUAAUAUGGCUGCUAGAAUUCAAAGAGCAUGGAGAAGAUAUGUCAAGAGAAAGGAAGAUGCAGCUAAAGUGAUUCAAAAUGCCUGGAGAAUGAAGACCCAUGGGAACCAAUUUGAACAAUUUAGAGAUUAUGGUAAUGGAUUAUUGCAAGGAAGAAAAGAACGUCGUAGAUUUUCCAUGUUGGGUAGUCGUGCAUAUAUGGGAGAUUAUUUGGGAUGUAACUACAAGAGUGGAUAUGGUAGAUUUGUCGUUAGUCAAGCUGGUAUAAAUGAUCAUGUUGUUUUCUCAUGUAAAGGGGAAAUUUUACUUUCCAAAUUUGGUAGAUCAUCCAAGAGAUUACCAAGAGUGUUUAUUUUGACCAAGAGCACUUUAUAUAUUGUUGCUGAAAUGUUGGUUGAAAAGAGAUUACAAUUAUCUAAAGAAUUUUCCAUCCCUGUUAGUGGAAUUAACUAUGUUGGUUUAUCUAAUUUACAAGAUAAUUGGAUAGGUGUUUCAUUACAUUCUCCAACUCCAACCACACCUGAUGUUUUUAUAAACACUGAUUUCAAGACUGAAUUAGUAGCACAAUUGAAGAAAUUGAAUGCAGGUUUGACCAUUAAGAUUGCCCCAACUGUUGAAUAUCAAAAGAAACCAGGUAAAUACCAUUCAGUUAAAUUUAUUCAUAGUUCAGGUCCAGAGGUUCCAGUUAAUGGUGAUCACUAUAAAUCUGGUACCGUUAGUGUUAGACAAGGGUUACCAGCAAACAGCCGUAAUCCAAAGAGACCAAGAGGUGUUAGUGGUAAAGUUGAUUAUAGUAAGUAUUAUAAUAGAGGUGCUGCCAGAAGAACAGCUGCACCAAGUUAUAAUCAACCUAAACCAGUUGCUAAUUCUGGAUACCUGGCCCAACCUUCCUAUCCGCAACAGCAGCAACAGCAGCAACAGCAACAACCACAACAACCACAACAAGUCCAACAGCCACCAAGAUCGCCAGUUCAACAUCAACAACCACAACAACGUGUUGUGUCACCAAAAACUCAAAGAAAAGCUCCUCCACCAGCUCCAAGUCUACAAGUUGCUGCUGCACAAGCUGCCCUUGGUAAAUCUCCACAACAUCCUCAACCUCAACAACAUCAUGCUCAACCACAACCGCAACACCAUCAAGAAGUAUCAUCUCCAACGAAACCAAAAGCUCCAAGUAGACCAGUUAAAAGGACUGCACCUGCUCCACCAGUUAAAAAAUCACCAGCACCUCCACCACCUCCGCCAUCGUUAUCUAAACCUAAAUUCCCAACUUAUAAAGCAAUGUAUGAUUAUGAUGGAUCUGUUGCUGGUUCUAUUCCAUUGGUUAAGGAUACUGUUUAUUAUGUUUCACAAAUUAAUGGCAAAUGGGGUUUAGUUAAAACUAUGGAUGAAACCAAAGAAGGAUGGUCUCCAAUUGAUUAUUUACAAGAAGUUUCACCUCAUAGUGGUACUAAAUCUCCACCACCAGCCCCACCAAUGCAACAGCAACAACAGCAACAACAACAACCAGCUGUUAGUCAACAAACCAACUCUAAUGCUGGAAGUGCUACUAGUUCCAAUACUACAUUUACUCAGAGUACAAAUGCUACCCUGGUUAAUGGAGGGAGGCAGUUUAGGAAAUAA